AUGACCCUCCUCACUUCCUCAGGCUCACCUAAAUCCUCAGGAUGCGUCACGAGCCACUUUCUCUACGGCGUCCCCCGCAAAAUGCACCCCGAAAACCCCCACCUCCCCUUCCUCCUCUUCCUCGCCGUCGCGGCCCUCGCCACCGCCGGCGAGGCCGCGGCGGGCACCACCCUCACCGCGUCCCCAGCGAGGCUGUCCCCCUCAGACCGCCAGAUCAAGAUCCGCUGGGCGGGCCUCCCGUCCCCCGACGGCCUCGACUACGUCGCCAUCUACUCGCCGCCGUCCUCCCGCGACCGCGACUUCCUCGGCUACCUCUUCCUCAACGGCUCCGCCUCCUGGCGCGACGGCCACGGGGAGCUCUCCCUCCCGCGCCUCCCCACCCUCCGCGCGCCCUACCAGUUCCGCCUCUUCCGCUGGCCCGCCAAUGAGUACUCCUACCACCACAUCGACCACGACCGGAACCCGCUCCCCCACGCCAAGCACCGGGUCGCCGUCUCCGGCGACGUCGCGGUCGGCGACCCCGCGCGACCCGAGCAGGUGCACCUCGCGUUCGCCGACGCCGUCGACGAGAUGCGGGUCAUGUUCCUGUGCAACGACGCCGGGAAGAGGGUCGUCAGGUACGGAUUGGAGGAGGAGGAGAAGAAUUGGACGGAGGUGGGCACAGAGGUGAGGACGUACGAGCAGAAGCACAUGUGCGAUUGGCCGGCGAACAGCAGCGUCGCCUGGAGAGAUCCGGGAUUCGUCUUCGACGGCCUCAUGAAGGGAUUGGAGCCCGGAAGGAAGUACUUUUACAAGGUUGGCAGUGACACAGGAGGAUGGAGCAAGACUUACAGCUUUAUUUCACGUGACAGUGAAGCCAAUGAGACCAACGCGUUUCUUUUUGGUGACAUGGGAACAUAUGUGCCUUAUAACACCUACAUUCGCACACAAGCUGAGAGCUUGUCGACAGUAAAGUGGAUCCUCCGUGAUAUUGAAGCCCUUGGAGAUAAACCUGCCUUUAUUUCACACAUUGGGGACAUCAGCUAUGCUAGAGGUUAUUCUUGGGUAUGGGAUCAUUUCUUCAGCCAGAUUGAGCCUAUUGCUGCCAAUACCCCCUACCAUGUCUGUAUAGGAAAUCAUGAGUAUGAUUGGCCAUUACAACCUUGGAAACCAUCGUGGGCUACAUAUGGAAAGGAUGGUGGGGGUGAGUGUGGAAUACCAUACAGUGUCAAGUUCAGAAUGCCUGGCAAUUCUAUUCUACCUACUGGUAAUGGUGGUCCAGACACCAGGAAUCUUUAUUACUCCUUCGAUUCAGGUGUGGUGCAUUUCGUGUACAUGUCAACUGAAACUAAUUUUCUUCAGGGCAGUGAUCAGUACAACUUCUUAAAAGCGGACCUUGAGAAGGUGAACCGAACUAGAACACCAUUCGUUGUUUUUCAGGGCCACCGUCCCAUGUACACCUCAAGUGAUGAAACCAGGGAUGCUGCUUUGAAACAGCAGAUGCUCCAGAAUUUGGAACCACUGCUGGUGACAUACAAUGUGACCCUUGCACUAUGGGGACAUGUCCACAGGUACGAGAGGUUCUGCCCUAUGAAGAACUUCCAAUGUGUCAACACUUCAUCGAGCUUCCAAUACCCUGGUGCUCCUGUGCAUCUCGUGAUCGGGAUGGGUGGUCAAGACUGGCAACCUAUAUGGCAACCGAGGCCUGAUCACCCUGAUGUUCCCAUCUUUCCGCAGCCUGAGAGGUCCAUGUUCCGUGGUGGUGUGUUUGGAUACACGAGACUUGCAGCAACAAGGGAGAAGCUAACACUAACUUAUGUGGGGAACCAUGAUGGGCAAGUCCAUGAUAUGGUGGAGAUAUUUUCUGGUCAAGGAUCCAGUAACAGUAGUAUUGCUGAGGCGGUGGAUGGUACAAAACUCAGCACAGGAGUCAGCACCGUGCGAAGGAUUUCUCCGUUGUACUUGGAAAUCGGAGGCAGUGUAAUGUUUGCACUGCUGCUGGGGUUUGGUUUUGGAUUUCUUGUCAGGAGAAAGAAAGAAGCUGCACAGUGGACUCCAGUAAAGAACGAGGAAUCUUAAGUUGUGUUGAAUCAAUAUUUCGACCUAUUUACCGAAAUAGACCCCAACACGGUGAAGUCACUUUUGACAUUUUGGGGGCUAGCUCUGUAUCCUUGUCACACAACUGUAUAGUUAUGUAAGAUGGUGCCUUUGUAUGUGAUAGUCUCGGGCAAUGGAAUUUUUUAUCUGCAUAUCUGUUGUCGUGAUUGUCCAGUGUAUAGGUAUUUAAUAAUUGACAAUGUUCACAGUGUAUUGGCUGACUGGAGUGUUUAACCUGUACCAUAAUGCAACAUGAUCGUUAGAGUCA